AUGGAGUCGUUGAAGGGUUACUCUAACGGUCUCGUCGGCAAUCCGGAUGACUAUGUGUUUUCGCAAACCGCUUUAGACAACAUUAUUAGUCAGCUGAUGGAGCAAACAAGUGGGAGAAAUGCGCCUCCACCUGCACCGGAAACUGUCAUCGAUUCUUUGCCAAAGCGAAGUUUAACGGAUGAAGAGAUCGCAAGACAAACCGAUUGUGCCGUAUGUAAGGAUGAGUUUGAAGGAGCAGAGCAAGUAGUUGAGCUUCCGUGCGCGCAUGUGUUUCAUGAAGAUUGUAUCAAACCAUGGCUUAAAGUCAAUGGAACAUGUCCUGUCUGCAAUACCCAACAGCAAUCCUCCGCUGAUCCCAAUAACACUGACCCCAUGGACCUUGAUUUGGAUUAG